GUGUUCCUCUCGAUCACCCCGGAAAGAUGGAGGAGAAAGAGGACUCGGAAACCACAAUCCGAAGUAAUGUGAGUUUGGAGGGCUGCUGAAGUCGCGGUUUAUCUUGAUCCGUGGUUAUUUCUAAGCUUCAGGGCAAGGCAGGGCAGAGAAAUUACAAAUAAUUUCUGAAGAAAUUAGAGCUCUCGCUCCGGUGUAUUUUUUGUUUUUUUAAAAAAAUUGCACUGCCUAGAUAAGUUUUAGGAAUCUCCUAAUAACUCAGCAGGAUUGACCCUGGUUUGUUUGUGGAUGAGACGCCACCAGGAGAUGCCUGGGGUGCAGACUAACUUGGGGGAAAUAAUUAGCUUUUCCUAACCAAAAAAGCAGGGGCAGAAGAUCAGACUCGUUCCCAUCCAAGCCAGAAAUUGUAGGGCUAAAAUGAGAGGGGAGGUCUAAGAUGUGUUGUGUUGGUUUUUGUCCUUUUCACUCAAGGAAUUGUGUUGUUGUUUUCCUCCCCCUCCCCUCUCAUAGAAACUGACCCGCCCACUCAUUUUGUCAAUAAUGGGUGCCAAUUUGGGGUUUUUCCAGUAUGGAUACGCGUUCUCUCUGAUCACCAAUCCUGCUGUGAUAAAGAUGCAGUUGCUGAAUCUUCAGUACGAAGGGAUCGAUACAGGCUCCGUGCAUUUUGAGUUCUUAAUAUUACUCAGCGUUUUCGUCCCCUUGGGAGGCAUUUUUGGGGUGUAUGUUUGGAGCUGUCUGGCAGAUAGAUAUGGCAGGAAAUGUGCCGUGUUAAUUAUUAACGGGCUUUCUAUUUUUUCGUCUGCUAUCCUCUGUUUCGAUAACAUAGUCAUGCAAUUUGAAUAUAGCCUGUUUGCUCGGUUUUUGGCAGGAAUGACGUCAGGGGCGUUUAGUUUCUCCGUCCCUCUCUAUGUCCUUGAGAUCUCUUCCUUGAAUCUCAGGGGAGCCUUGGUGACGACUUUGGUCCUCUUCUUCAGCUGGGGAUACAUACUGGUCCAAAUCUUAAUCAGCCCCCAGAUCUGGGGAAGCGAAGAAGAUUUUUCAUUAUUGGCUGGCGUUGCUGCCAUAUUUGCUGUAAUUAGUAUUAUAUUGUUGGCUCUUUCUCCGGAAAGCCCGAGGUUUCUGCACAUACAGAGGAAUGACAAAGAGAAAGCAAGACAAGUCUUGAAGAUGCUGAGAGGGGUAGAAGAUGUAGAGGAGGAAAUGGAAGAACUUUAUCAGGAACACCUUGCCGAAAGCAGCCAGAAGAAUAUGACCGUGUGGAAACUUCUUCGCUUCCGCAGCCUCCGGUGGCAGCUCAUCACCGUCGUGGUCUUAGUCUCCGGAAGUCGAUUUGUGCAAACAAACGCGGUUUUAAUUUUCGUCCAGCAGACCUAUAAAGUUUUAGGACUGUCCCACAAAGCUAUGAAGCUCCUUCCACUAGUAGGAAGCGUGGUCAUCCAGCUGAUGCUUCUGACAACCAUCUGCACCGUCGAGUCCUUGGGGCGGAGGUUUCUCCUGUUGAGCGGCUUCUUGAUUUGUUGCAUCUCAAAUAUUGCCCUCGUCUUCACUUUUCAGGUUGAAGAGCCCUCACUGGCCUUCAUUAGCAUUGUUUUGAUUAUCCUCUUCUUCAUGGGCUACGUAACGGGACCAGCUGGCAUUCUUCCUUUGAUUAUUGGUGAAUUGUUCCUCCAGUCAUCCCGAGCAUCGGCAUGUGUGAUUGCAGGAUUUGUCAGCUGGGGAAUCAAAUUUAUCUCAGCCAUUCUGUUUGUUCUGACGAAGAAACUGACCCGCCCACUCGUUUUGUCAAUAUUGGGUGCCAGUUUGGGGUUCUUCCAGUAUGGAUACACGUUCUUUCUGAUCACCAAUCCCGCUGUGAUAAAGAUGCAGUUGGUGAAUCUUCAGAACGAAGGGAUCGAUACAGGCUCCGUGCAUUUUGAGUUCUUUAUAUUAUUCAGCAUUUUCGUCCCCUUCGGAGGCCUUUUUGGGGUGUAUGUUUGGAGCUGUCUGGCAGAUAGAUAUGGCAGGAAAUGCGCCCUAUUAAUUAGUAAUGCAAUGAAUGUUUUUUUGGCUGCCAUCCUUUGUUUUGAUAAAAUAUUCCAGAGCGUUGAAUUCAGCCUGUUUGCCCGUUUUUUGGCAGGAAUGGAAUUAGGUAUGUUUAGUUUCUCCGUCCCUCUCUACAUCCUUGAGAUCUCUUCCUUGAAUCUCAGAGGCGCCUUGCUGACAACUUUGGUCUUCUUCUUCAGCUGGGGAUACAUACUGGUCCAAAUCUUAAUUAACCCCCAGAUCUGGGGAAACGAAGAAAAUUAUUCAUUAUUAGUGGGCGUUAUUGCCAUAUUUGCUAUACUUAGUAGUAUAUUUUUGUUGCCUUCUCCGGAAAGCCCGAGGUUCCUGUACAUGCAGAGGAAUGACAAAGAGAAAGCAAGACAAGUCUUGAAGAUGCUGAGAGGGGAAGAAGAUGUAGAGGAGGAGAUGGAAGAACUUUAUCAGGAACACCUUGCCGAAAGCAGCCAGAAGAACAUGACCGUGUGGAAACUUCUUCACUUCCGCAGCCUCCGGUGGCAUCUCAUUACCGUCGUGGUCUUAGUCUCCGGAACUGGAUUUGUGCAAAUAAACAUGAUUUUAAUUUUCGCCCAGCAGACCUAUAAAGUUUUAGGACUGUCCGCCAAAGAUAUAAACCUCCUUUCCUUAGUAGGAAGCUUGAUCAUCGAGCUGACGCUUCUGACAACCAUCUGCACCAUUGAGUCCUUGGGGCGGAGGUUUCUCCUGUUGAGUGGCUUCUUGAUUUGUACCAUCUCAAAUAUUGCUCUAGUCUUCGCUUUUCAGGUCUACAGCUCCUCACUGAUCUUCACCAGCAUUGUUUUGAUCCUCUUCUUUAUGGGCUACGUAACCGGACUAGCUUCCGUUCUUCCUUUGAUUAUCGGUGAAUUGUUCCUCCAGUCGUCCCGAGUGUCAGCGUGUGUGAUUGCAGGGUUCGUCAGCUGGGGAGCCAAUUUUAUCUCAGCCCUGCUCUUUCUUCUGACCAAGUCCCACCUGGGAUCCUACUACUUGCUCCUUUACUGGCCUUUUAUGAUCCUCACCUCUAUUUACAUUUUCUGGGUAGUCCCGGAAACCAGAGGAAAGACAUUUCAAGAAAUCCAGGAGAGCAUGGCGGUCUACACCUCCAAAGAUUCCGCAAAAAUAACGGCUGAAUAGAAAUGGGAAAUCUCUUUCUUCCCUCUGUCUUCAAAAUUGAUCUGGAAUUUUUAAAAAAACGAAGUAAAUAAGACGUUUUCUGCAA